AUGCGCACCUUUCUGCGACAACUGUUCAACAAACGCGCGGCCUUCAAAGUCCAGCCUUCACCUCCGCCUCCAGCUCCCUUUCGAACAAUGUCGAGUGCCUCUGUGGCUGCCACUCUGUACGCUGCGACUGCUGCGGUCCCGUCAGUAGCGAGCCCCAGGCCCGAAGAUGAAGUGACCAAGGGCAAGGCAUGGCACGUCAAGAGUGGUGGAUUCCAAAACCCGUGGCCGUCGUGGCAGAUGCAGUCGGUCUUCAGCAUCUUGUCUGGCAUGGUGAUCAGGAGAUUCCAAGGGAAAGCCCAUUCACCAGACACCACGCCUCCAACGGUUCCAGUACACAAGCCCGUGUUUCUAUCUGAACGGACCGCAAGCUCCUCUCUGCGAGCGACCUGGUUGGGCCAUGCAUGCUACUUUGUCGAGUUUCCCUCUGGAAUGCGAGUCCUCUUCGAUCCCGUCUUCACAGACCGAUGUUCGCCACUGUCCUGGCUAGGACCGAAAAGAUAUACCGAGAUGCCAUGCAAGAUCAAGGACAUCCCCACAAUUGACGCCGUGGUCAUCUCCCACAACCACUACGACCACCUUUCCCACCCGACGAUUAUGGAGAUUGCCAAACUACACCCCGAGUGCCAUUUCUUCGUGCCUCUGGGGAACAAGAAGUGGUUUGAAGACUGUGGAAUCGUCGGGAAGUGCACCGAAUUGGACUGGUGGGAGGACGUCGACUUCACGCUCAAGCCCUCUGCUGCUCCCGGGAAGGCCACACAAUCUAUCGUCACCGAGCCAGACAGCUCCGAGUCCGACACCAACCCUUCGGCCGAUUCCAUCACAGCUCGCAUCUCGUGUCUCCCCUGUCAACAUAUUUCCUCGCGGAGCAUUAACGACCGCGCCAAAACGCUCUGGGCCUCGUGGGCGGUGUCGUCUGGAGGCAAGUCCGUGUACUUUGGCGGCGACACAGGCUAUCGCAGUGUUCCCAAGGAGGCCGACGGCAAGGACGACUGGACCGACGAAUACGCCUCGCUUCCAUGCUGCCCUGCCUUCAAAGAUAUCGGCCGUCUCCGUGGUCCUUUCGACUUGGGACUUAUUCCUAUCGGCGCGUACCGGCCUCGCUGGAUUAUGAGCCCAAUGCAUGCCGACCCGCGCGAUGCUGUUGAGAUCUUCCGAGACACCAAGUGUCGCAGAGCCCUUGGCAUGCACUGGGGUACGUGGGUUCUGACGGAGGAAGAUGUACUGGAGCCGCCCGUGUUGUUGAAAAAGGCCCUCGCCCAUCAUGGGAUCCCUGAGACAGGGGUGUUUGACAUUUGCGACAUUGGUGAUAGUCGAGAAUUCUAA